CCAGUUCAUAAAAUAAAAUCACUAAUCCACACACUAUCACACCUAACACAAUAAGAAAAUCAUUUCAAUUUUCAUUCACAAAUUUAACUUUCAAAUCCACAAAUUCAACCUACCAAACCCUAGAUCCACCAGUCAAAUCACUCUAACUUUUAACAAUAUCCAAUAAAUCAAUUAUUAUGAUCGGCUGAUAAAAUUAGAUAGAAAAACUUCGUUACCGGUGGUUAACGGCGGUGUAAAAUGAGCGUGAGUCAUCCGUCGGUGCAUCCGGUAGAAGUAGCGCCGCCGGCUGAUGAUCGUGUAACAGUACCGCCGAGAUUGAGAAUGAAGGUGAUUCAAGGCAUGCCUGGAACGAUCGGUGGAUUGGGCUUAAGGUUUUUUCAAUUUGCAUACGCUGUCGUUUCGGUCGUUGUUAUGGCCACUACUAGUGAUUUUCCCUCUGUUACUGCCUUCUGCUACCUUGUUGCUGCUGUUGGCCUACAGAGUGUGUGGAGUCUAUCACUUGCCAUUCUCGACAUUCAUGCCCUUUUGGUUGGACGUACCUUGCAGAAUUAUAGAGUUGUUUGUCUCUUUUCUAUAGGUGAUGGGGUCACAUCAACUCUUACAUUUGCCGCCGCAUGUGCAUCUGCUGGUAUCACAGUUCUCAUAGGAAAUGAUCUUGGCCUGUGUUCUCAAAAUCACUGCACGCAGUUUGAGACUGCUACCGCUAUGGCUUUCCUUAGCUGGUCUACUGCACUACCAUCAUUUCUUCUCAACUUCUGGUCAUUGUCAUCCCGUUAAAGAGAACUGACAAACUAUGCCAAAUAUAGCCUCCAGGAGUGACCCAUAAAACCAUCACAUACCCUUCGUUUGUUAUCUCUGAGUCCUUCCUGUGUAGCUUGUCUUUAUUUAGGUUCGUGUGGCUUGCAUUGGUAAAUCUGAAGAAACAUAAAACCGCAUGGAUGUCGUGGCCCAAUCGAUGUAUAUAUGCGUGUUUAUUUUUGUGGAUUGGUUGUGAGGCAACUCGGUGUUCUAGACUUCUAGGGUUUGUCCGAGUGCAACUCUGGAAAGUUGGUGUUGCAGUUUGUGCUUUUAAAGGUCGUUGCCAAAUGGAAUCUGAUGCAUUUUGUUGCUACAAUAUACAGUGAUUAUUAACAUUCGGUACAAAAUGAUAUACAUGCAAAAAGAUCAUAUGUGUCCACAACAAAA